AUGGAGUGCGAUAAGAAGGACAGUUGCGGUCUCCUCGCCCGCUGCCUCCCGCAGUUCCAGUCGAGCCCGAAGGCAGCCACGUCGGACAAGCACACGAGCAUCAUCAAAGACCAACCCCUUCGUUCUGCCCAGAACGCCGCUUCCGAAUUCAUCAACAUCCUUCGCACUGCCGAAAAGGGAGGCAAAUACCUCGAGCGCCGCCUCAGAAACAUCGUGACGGUCAACUCCUGGACCGAGGAGCUCGCCAAGUACAUCCUCUCCGGCGUCGAAGGCCUCGUCCGCCACCGCGACACUAUCGGCCAAGUUGUGAGGGAGACUGUAGACAAGUCAGCCGAAGCCGCUGAGAGCGUGUUCGAGUUUGCCAAAGAGCAUCCUGUCUUUAUGACUAUUAUCGCUAUUGGCGUGUUGGUCAUUAUCGCUCCCUGGGUGAUUGAGGCGCUUGGCUUCGGCGAACUUGGGCCGAUUGCUGAUACCUUUGCCUCGUGGUGGCAGGCGCGAUAUGCCGGAUACGUUCCCAAGGGAUCUCUCUUCUCCUUCUUCCAACGCCUGGGAAUGACUUGGAAAUGA